AUGUUUCUUCUUCCGAACUCUGAUGCAGAGGGUCGAGGAGGAGGGAGAGGAUUUCAGAUAGGAUCCUUUGGUAGUUCUUCUUCAAGUUCUUCUAGUGGUUCGUCAUCGAAUGAUCGAGCUGCAGGUUUAUGGUUCCUUCUCAUGAUGCUCUGUUGUGGAGCUGGAAUAGGCAGGAGAAUUCAUCGACGUUAUAUGAAUAAAGAAUACCCUAAACGUACUGAAGAACAAGUCAAUUGUAUUUGCACCAAUUUAUCAGAAAUAUCUCGUAUGCAACAGCGUCAUGAAAGGAAUUUAUCAAAUAUGACUGGGUAUACAGUAGUGCAUCUACCAAUUGGAUCCUUUCAGGAAGUAUCUGAAAAACAGAUCGAAAAAAAUGAAACUGAUCAACCUGAAGUUCAAUCGUCUAACGAUUUACAACAACCAAAAAUUGAAGAAGAAAAAUGCUCAAUGAUUGUGCCCGUCAAAGAUUGUGAAACGCCACCAUCACGUACAAACUGA